CUCUAAUCUCAACGACCACUCGGUCUCGACCCUCCAAACUGGCUCCCCAGGUUUUGAUUCCCCUAUUUCCUCGCUUCAGAAGUCCGCUGCUUCAGUAUCUUUUUGUCUUGGCUUUGGCCUUGCAAGGCUGAUCAACACGAGAUGAAUAGCACCGAGACGGCCACAUCUGAGAAAGCCGGAUAUCGAUACAAACACAGAUCGUGCAACGAUUGUCGCAAGAGAAAACUACGCUGCAGUGGGACACGUCCGCUCUGCAAGACGUGUGAGGAAGCCGGUCGUGAUUGUGAAUGGGAAGAUACUGUCCGGAAGACCGGUCCACGACGGGGUUACGUGAGAUCGCUGGAAGCUCGUUUAGCCGAAGUCGAGUCCCUCCUUUCAGGCAAAGAAGGCAGUCGCAGCGCAACACACUCCUUGCCACCAGAGGAAGAGGCCGGGUUGGGAGUUUCCAAUGAUGUCCUCCUCGCCGAAGAAGAAUGGCCAGCCAACACUACGUUCGACAUCGAAGGAUCCACGCAACUUGCACAGGACAAUAUCGUGGCUCACCAGGGGCCAGGAUUGUCAGCCUCACGCUCCGACCAGUCGUUUCAAAGCGCCUUCGCUUCGUUGCCGAACAGCAAUCCGUCCUGGGAAUUGGACGCCCUAGGUUUACAAGAGCCUUUACCUAGCCAGCAAGCAAUUGAUGAAUUGCACGAUAUAUUCUUCGCAAAGAUCUACCCUCGCACCCCAUUCAUCCAUAAAGGUCGCUAUCUUGCAGCCAUGAGCCUCCCACCAACGUCCCGGCUACGCCCGCCCGUUUGCCUCAGCUACUCUCUGUGGACAUUAGCAGCAUCCGUCAGCGAAAAUUAUAGCGCCGUCACAGAGCAGUUCUAUCUCCGAGCCCGGAAGUACAUGGAUGCUGAUGAAAUCGAGGGCCGCGGCCAGGGUGUCGUCACCCUUGCUCAUGCCCAAGCCACAGCCUACCUCGCCACCUACGAGAUGAACAAGCUUUACUUCCCUCGAGCCUGGCUGAACGUUGGCCGAGCAGUGCGCCUCUGCCACAUGAUGAAUCUGCACCGGCUCGACGACAGAAGCGAACUCGACGUCAAAGAGACACUGUCAUCCCCCAUGAAUUGGCUCGAGCUGGAAGAAAGACGACGAGUAUUCUGGGCCGUCUUCGUGCAAGACAGAUACCAGAGCAUCAGUUCCGGGUGGCCCAUGAUCAUCGAUGAGCGAGACAUAACCACGAACCUCCCUUCCAGCGAACAAGACUUCACAUCCGGCCUACCCACAACCCCUUCGCUCUCACUGAACAAUUGCAUGACACCCACAGGCGUUAAGAAUCUAUCCCUCUUCGCCGCCAACGCCACGAUCGCAGCACUCUUCGGUCGCACACUGACGCACCUCCACCGCAAAGACCUGCCAUACGAAGGCGACACCUCUGAUCAGGAUGACGCCUUCUGGCGCCGCCACCAAUACCUCGACACCGUCCUCCUCCACACCCUCCAGUACCUACCCGACGACCUACGCAUCCGCACCGGUAUUUCCAGCCCCCAAAUCGUCCUCCUUCAUAUCAACAUCCAAGCCAGCACAAUCUGCCUGCACCAAGCCGCGAUAUUCAAAGCAAAGAACUCCCCCACGCCACAAGAAACGACGCUUGCAGACAGCAAGGCCAGAUGUUUACACGCGACCGAGAACAUGAUGACUAUACUCCGCCUGCUCGACCCGGCGGUGUUACAGAAUAUCGGUCCAUGGCUACCCUACUGCCUGUAUCUCGCCGCACGUGUGCUUGUACAGACGCUCUCGGAACAAGAUCAGCAACAUAAUGUCGAGACUGCCAAACACCUCGAGUCUCUCGGCCUACUGAUGAGUGUGCUGCGGAACAUGAAGAGUAAGAACCCCUACACUUCAUCGUUAUUGAUGCAGCUGGAACGCGAUAUCGCUGCAUUCGGCAAAUUAAAUCCCAUUGGACACAUUGUCGUUCCUAUGGACGAGGUCACGGAGACUCUCGAGCAGGAAAAAGCAUCCGCCGCGUUUUCCAUGAACCCUUCAUUUGGUACUCGAUAGAUGUUUUUCACAAGCACGCUGUAGACGAAACUCCGAAGGUGUUGACUGU